AUGACCGACUAUACUCCUGAGCUCGAUGCCUUUACCCUCUACCAUCUCGAACAAGAGGAAGAGGCUAUAGAUUCGAUUCCCGAUGCUGGAGGCGCGCUUCCAGCUUUAGGCCAUGCCGUUUCCGGCUCCAUCGGUGCCGCCCUUUCUCGCGUCAUCAUCUACCCCCUCGAACUCAUCAUUACUAGGCUACAAGCCAAACGCCGGAAAUCCAGCCCGGACGGAGACAACGGCGACACGGACGAUGUAGAAGACGGUUCGAUUGUAGCCGAGGCCGUUAAAAUAUACAAAGAUGGAGGCUUCUCAGCGUUCUAUGUCAGUCUGUUGCCAGAUACCGCGAAAACCGUCCUUGAUUCGUUUCUUUUCUUCCUCGCCUACAAUUUCCUCCAACAAUCCCGCCAAAGAGCGCAUGUAGCGCAGGGCGUGAGCUCGAACCCCAAGCGGCUCUCCGUCGCCGAGCAGCUCCUCAUCGGCAUGGGGGCUGGGGCUUUCUCCCGCCUCUUCACCACCCCUCUGCAGACCGUGGUCACACGACAACAAGCGACGAAGAAUUCGAAUUCUAUAGCUGCGAACAUGUCCACGUUGCAGACCGCAAAGCAGAUACGGCAAGACUCGGGAUUAUCCGCAUUCUGGGCCGGAUAUCCCUACAGUCUAAUCCUUACUCUCAAUCCUUCUCUUACGUUCAUUCUUCACAAUUUCCUGCUUCGCGUAACCGUCCCGAGGUCAAAACGUGAGAAUCCACCUGCCAGGGCCACAUUCCUGAUCGCAGCGGUUGCCAAGGCUCUCGCAUCGCUGGUGACGUACCCCGUCGCCCUCGCGAAGACUCGAGCGCAGCUCGGGCUAUCUCGUGACUCAAAACGGGCCGACCCCAAGAAAGAGAAGUCGCCAGAGUUGACCACGCGGUACAACCAAUUGCUCCGCGUCCUCUCGUACCCUGGACUCAACGUCUUCGCGGCCAUAUACGAGAUCAUCAUCGAAGAGGGUCCCUCCGGCCUUUACAAAGGUGUUUCAGGAGAACUGCUCAAAAGCUUCCUUGGCCACGGCCUGACCAUGGCGACCAAAGCGCGAAUUCACUCCCUGGUGAUUCAGUCGUACUUCUUCCUCUUGCGAAUCUUUCGGAGACUCCCCGUGGAAAAGGCCGGAGAAAAAUUGAAGGAUGACGCGGUCGAUGUGGCUAAGCGAGUCGUCGAUGUUGGCAAAACUGCUGUUGAUAAAGUGAAACCGGGGACUGAAGUGCUCUCAGACAAAAUUGAGGAGUUAGGAGAUAUCCUCGAAGAAGUGUUGAGAGGGAAAGAGUAA